AUGGGUGAUGUGAGUGAGGUUGACGUUCUUGUCAUUGGAGCAGGUAUCUCGGGAAUCUCUGCAGCCAAAUUUUGGCUAGAUACGCACCCUAAUUCUCAACUUGUUAUUCUCGACAGGGACAACUGUCUAGGCGGGACUUGGAAUUCGCGACGUGGCUACGACACUUUCUGGACUCAAUGGACGGUAGGAACGGCUGAGUUCUCGGACCAGCCAAUGCCGCGACCACCAGACGAGGACAUUUAUCUCGAGUUUUUCAAAGCUAAGCAUACGACAAAAUAUCUCAAUGACUAUGUCGAUUCACAUAGCUACUCAGGGUGGACGUUGCGCGAUAGAGUCAGACUCUCAACCGAGGUACAGUCGGUUCAGAAGAUCGAUGGCGGAUGGACUGUGGUGUCCAAAGAACGAGAGAGUCCACAACAACAUACCUUCCAGACCGCCAAGUUGAUUGUUGCCAGUGGCUUGACGUCAAUUCCUAAUAUGCCUUUGCUACCGGGAAGGGACGGCUUUCUUGGUCAAGUUCUACACCAGGACAGUUUUGGUUCGUCCAACGUUUUGACCUCACCGGAAGUCAAGAACAUCACCGUUCUGGGUGGCGGAAAGUCAUCGGCCGAUAUGGUGUACGAAUCCGUCAAAGCCGGAAAAACUGUGUCUUGGGGCUUAAAAGCUACCGAUACAGCUGGUCCUGGAUUCUUUCUCUCUCCAAAGGGAGCAGGGCCAUACAAAAAUGCAUUUGAGAUAGGAAUGACUCGACUAGCCGCAACUUUUACACCAUCUUUUAUGAACGGAAUAAACUGGUGGACAAGACUCCUUCAUAGUUCUAGAUGCGGCUUGAGACUAAUGGCUGGCUUCUGGGAGUCUGUCGACGCAAAAGCUCGUGCAGAGGCUGAUUAUCAACGGAAAAGCCUGAAAGAUUUUGACAAAUUGUCACCACACUCACCGAUAUUUUGGCAGAAUUGUACGGGUGGACUUCUUAACCACCGAGACUUCUUUGAUACUAUUGCAGAAAACGUUCGCAUUUAUGUCGGGGACAUUGAUUGUCUGGACAAAAAUUCACUUCGUCUGAAAAGCGGCGAUCAGAUACCUACCGAUGCUCUACUUUGCGGCACAGGCUGGCAGCCAUCACUCCAAUUCUUCUCCAAAGAUCAGUGCAGACAACUUGGCUUACCGCACCUAGUAGACGAUGAGUCGCCAGACGAGAAAAGCCACUGGGCGGCCCUCGAAGCUGAUGCGGACGCCAAAGUUCUCGCCACCUUUCCGCAGCUUGCAGACCCCCCUGCCGUCUUUCUGAAGCCUGCCACAAAAACCCCAUACCGGCUGUAUCGGCACCUUGUUCCGUUGUGCGAAUCCUGCAAUGCAAGUAAAGAUCGCUCUAUAGUCUUUAUUGGUCAGGUCGGGGUAGGCAACUACUUCCCCCUUGUGGAGUGCCAAUCAAUUUGGGCGACCGCCUACUUGGACGGUAAACUGGAUUUACCAAGUACAGAAGAGCAGGAAAAGGAUGUAGCCUUAUUCACAACGUGGUGUCGGCGUCGCUACCUCAGUAACGGACUUCGGGGCAAUGCCAUGACCUUUGAGCUCAUCGGAUAUACAGAUACCUUGUUGAAGGACCUUGGUCUCCGCAGUAAUCGCAAAGGCUGGUUCAAGGAUAUUUUUUUCCCUAUCUGGGCCAAGGACUUUGGGGGCUUGAAAGCAGAGUUUAUGGAGAAAUAUUAUUGA